AUGGCUGAGCCUGGCAGGGUCCAUGGGGUGGUGGAAACGGUGCUGGGCACGGUGGGGACGGCGACGAGGCUGCGGGUGCCCGCGGAGCUGCGGGCCCUCACCCUGCUCUUCGGGGCGGCCGUGUGGAAGCGGGACACCGAGGACCCGCAGCGGAAGCUGGUGCUGCUCCAGUACAGGGAUGGGAACUACACCAACUACGUGCGGGAGCGGGCCCGGUUCCAUGCCCUGGACUUCUCGCUGGAGAUCCUCAACACGAGCCGGCAGGACGGGCAGCUCUACGAGUACACAGUGAGCAAGGGGCCCGAGGAGGAGGUCUGGCGCAUUCAGCUGGAGGUCUAUGAGCCUGUGUCUGCCCCCAGCAUCCAGAUCCUCAGCUGGGUGCUGGCCAAUGGCACCUGCAGCAUCACCCUCAACUGCACCGCAGAGCGAGGGGACAGCAUCUCCUACAGCUGGGGCAGUGCGGGCACCGGCGGCACCUCGGGGCCCUGCUCCCGCAACGGCAGCCUCCUGCCCCUCGCCUUCCCCCUGCACAGCUCCAGCAUCUCCUGCUCCUGCACCGCCAGCAACCCCGUCAGCACCCACAGCCGCACCUUCAGCUCCUCCCAGUGCAGCCGGGAGCAAGCGGGCAGUGCCGGGCUGGGGCUCCUGGUGCUGGUGCCCGUG